GCUUGGCAUAAUUGCUACAUUCCAUUCUGAAAAUAUUUGAGAUUAGUACUUUAGCGUAUGUCUGUUUCUGGAAUACUGUAUUUUGCAUUAAAUAAAGAAUAAAGCUUUGAUUGACGCGAUAAAUUUUUAAAAUAAUACGCAAAAAAGAAAUAUCAGUCUUCGGCAUGAAGCUGAUUCUUGUCGCUUUGUUUGUGUUGAUAACCACCGUUUCAGCCGGUAGAAGAGAGAGCCAAAUCUGUUUUGAUGGUUUCUCAUACAUUCGUUACACAAUACCAGAAAGAAGUCCAAUAAAUUCCGCCAAAGAGGAAAUAAAGUUUAAAUUUCGUUCAUCGGAUUCCAGUGGCCUGCUGUUAUAUGCCCAUUCCAUAGGUUUAAAUGGUGAUCAUCUUUUGUUGGAACUUGUCAGAGGAAAAUUAAGAGUGCGUUACCAGUUAGGCCAAAACAGCACACUACAAAGCGCAAUAGUAGGUGAUGGCCUGGGUGACAAUAUUGUUUCAACAGUGGUGGUAAAAAGAGACAAGAAUAAACUUGUGGUCUCUGCCCAUGGCGGUCAAUCUGACAAAAGAGAGUUAACUAUCCCCGGAACAGAUAAUCGUAUAGACCUGAAUGGUUUCAUGUACGUUGGUGGCCUUAUAGACCCACCUCUUCACUACCCCUCAUUCCAUCGUGUGAAUUUCAUUGGAUGCAUGUUUCAAGCCACUUUUGAUCGCGGCAGCGAUAAAGUUGAUUUUAUCGAUGGAGCAAUAAGUAAUAGUGCAGGAUUCAGCGAAAAAAAUAUAAGGAUAACUGAUGAUCCCAAAAUACCGCCAAGGGCAAUGAAUUUUGACCGUGACACCUUUGUGACCUUCCUCAUUCAAGAGACUGACCCAAUUGAUCCGACAAAAAUUUUGCAGAGAUUUUACGGCAGUUUCGAAUUCCGUACUGUGUUGUUGGAAGGUACGAUUUUCACAGCGUCCAGUGUCUCAAUGACAUUCCAGCGAUCCCAGUUGAGUUUGAACAGCGGUGGCGAUAUAGUUUCCAUAAAUUUUCCUAACGAAGGCCAGGCAAAUGAUGGCCGGUGGUUCCGGGUUGAAUAUGUUGCGGAGAAUAAUAAUUUACAGUUAAAAUUGAACGAUGUUACAAGGAGAAUAAAGCCCGCUAAUAAUCCGCAGUAUGGUUCCCUGAUAACCUUUGGUUUGUUCAAAAACAAACCUAACUUUAUUGGUUGCAUUCGCAAUAUGACUGUACAGUUUCAAAAAAUUGAGUUUUAUGAAAUUGUGAAUCCAUACAGAGAAAGUCCGUUGGCGGAGGACUACAAGAAGUUAACCGAAGGAUGCAAAGCUAGUGACCCCUGUAUACCAAAUCCAUGUUUUCACGAAGCAGAAUGUCUGACUGUUGUUAGGGAACCUGGCAUCCAAUGUGAAUGUCGACAUAAUUACAAGCCGCCAUUAUGCCAGUUCUCACAAUUUGCUACGACCUGCAGUACGAAAUUGAUUUUCCAACCUGGUAGUAUUACUGGUCAAAAACAACCAGCGUAUAUUGAUCCUGAUGACUCGGGCCCACUCCGCCCCGUCUUUGUCACAUGUGAUUACACCAGAGACGAUCGAGGCAUCACUGAAAUUAAAACGAAAGAUCCACUGAGUAAAGGAAUUACAAUCUCACCCACGACUGAUUAUCACGAGAGAUUCUCAUACAAGAGGGAAAUCAAUUACGAGAUUCCAAUCGACGCUGUAAAAGGUGUCGUAGAUCGGAGUGAAUACUGCACACAACUAGUGAAGUAUGACUGCAAAGAUGCGAAGCUCUUCAACGCACCUGGAGGCGAUCCUGCGUCCCGGUGGCUGUCCGCUAAUGGUUAUCUUCAGUAUUACUGGGGCGGCGCAGAGCACAACAGUUAUAAAUGUGCGUGUGCGUAUACAGCUAAAGGUUGCUGGAAUAAAGCGUUCUGUAACUGCGACAGUAAAUAUGCUGAAACGCUUCCUGAUGCCGACGAAGGCCUGCUAAACGUCACACGUGAUCUUCCUGUGCGAGAGGUGCAGUUCGGUGGUUUAAGUAAGACUUCAUUUGCCAAAUAUACUGUCCGGAGGAUUGAGUGCGUCGGAGAUAAUACUCUUGGUGUUGUAACAUUUCUUGCUCCAGACGGCUGGGUUCGUGCCCCAGCAUGGAACUCUCCUUAUGGUGGAGAUAUUUCAUUCUAUAUAAAAACGGUUUUCCCAAAAGGAGAUUUGAUUGAUCAUAGAAAUGGCGAUGAAAGUCACCUUUUCCACGUUCGCAUACACGAUGAAACAACAAUAGAGGUCGUGGUCAGUUUUGGUACUAGUAUUCGGACAAAAUAUAGAGUAGCGAUGCCUGGUCCUGGUAAACUUAAUGACAACGAGUGGCACAGGAUCCACGUUAUUCGUACGUUAUGGGAGUUAUCAGUAAAGAUCGAUAAUAAACGUGGCUUAAAUCCUGCGAAUAAAAAACUUUUGGCGCCACUUAAACUCACUGGAGAUGGUCGAAGUCGUCUAGAUAUUGAUCUGCCCAUGUUUGUUGGAUCGUUCUGGAGGUUCCCAACUUAUAAAUUUGGAUACGUUGGAUGCAUGAAGGGCUUCACGAUAAAUGGUGUUUUAUUUGAUCUUGCUAAUGCCGUUGACCAUCUCGCAAUGGAGCCAGAAGAACUAGUUGUGAAGGGUUGUGGUAAUGCCUGUGAGCAUAAACCUUGCCCUUACGGCAAGUGUAUUGAGAAAUAUACUUCGUACGAAUGCGACUGUGCGGAAACUCCAUUCUACGGGAAAUAUUGCAGCAAAGAGAUUGGUACGAGAAUCGAGAAUUCAGCUAUAUACGCUAACCUCACCAUGGAUUCGUCCAAAUUUGAGAAAAUUGUCCUGGCGUUUUCUACCGAAAGUGACGUUGCCAGUUGCAGUGGAACACUUUUUGAGGUCCAUAAUGAUGUACCCGAAGACAAAAACGAUGAAAAACAAUACUACAAGCUGAGGUUGGCAGAUAGGAACACGCUGGUGUUUACAUUUAAAUUACAGCCAUUGCUGCGCGAGGAAAGACUAGUGAUUGAUGUAGAUAGCAUUGACUUCUGUGAUUCUACGCGGCACAUCGUGAAUAUUGAACGAUCUGUUGAAAACCCCGCGGAGAAUAUCAUCGGAAAUAAAAUCAAGUAUAGAAUCGAUGGUCGAAAAUUGGUGGAAAAAACGUUUCAACGAACAGCCGCUCCCGUUUUCAAAAAGCCAUACCAUUAUUAUGUCGGGAAUUCAAAGGAAGAAAGGGAUGCGUUUAUCGGCUGCAUUUCUGGGGCGAAAUUUCACCUUUUCUCAGAUUUUCUUUCAAAAAAUGGAUUUAUGAAGACUGUGGAACCGAUCGCUGUUGGAGUACUAUCUAAUAGCUCAGAUACGAAGAUUGAACGUCAAUCGUGCGGGCCAACAAUAAAUACGCCAUUACCCAUGACUACCCGCGAGAUUCCUGGACCUACAACGCCGACUGAUUAUCCCUCCACCGAGUUCCUUCGUGAUGUUGGUAUCCACGAAGCUGAGGAUACUAACUGGGCUGUACUUAUUGUUGUUGCUCUGCUGCUGAUGUUGAUACUUGUUGCUGUGGUGGUGCUGACUAUAUGGUUUGUGAUGCAGCACAAGAAUGAUUAUCAGAUCCUAGAGAAAGCUGAUGGUACUGUGGUUGGUACCGCUACAGUUCGUGCUGCUACUCGUUCUGUUGUAUCCGUGCCUGCGGCAGGAUCUGCCUACGCUCCGCAGCCACGUGCAGCGCCAUCCGUAAGUUCCACCGGAAACCUGAGCAGAGCCAAGUCCAAAUCCAACGAUCUUUUUGUUUAAUAUUUUGGACUCUUGAAUGUUUUUUUACACUUUCAAUGACUCACAGUUGCUGUGUUCCACGCUUAUCAUGCAGGUGUAUAUUAUUUUGUAGAACUGUGGUACAGCAUAGUAAAUAAGAAAUCUAAGCCAAGCCAGUGCCCGGCAUUUAAAGUUUGUUUUCGUUAUUAGCGAACAAUAAUUUAGUAAUCUUUAUUAAGACCUUGCAUUUGAAGAUCAUUUUUAGCGUUGAUGUUGGAUCUUAUGACAUUGAAAAACUUCAAACGCUUCGCUAAAUCACUUUUCCUAUACAAAAUACAAGGUCUGUUCAAUGUUGAUCCAGUAUUGCAUGCUAUAGGUGUACAUUCUUGUAGUUUAGGAUUGUAACCUGUAUAACCGUCCCAAGUUAUCACAAAAAGCAUUACUCUCCUUAAAGUAUUUUAAGAAGACACUUCACAGUAUCUAACUACCCUCUACAGCAGUCAGUAUUUGGACAGAGUGCUGAAAAUGCCAUGUUCGUGUACUGUUAAGUGGAGGAUCGAUAUAAUAUUUCUAUAAUCAGUGCAUCCACUGUUAAUAAACUGUAUAGUAACUUCAUUUUAGUGCUGAAUAUAUAUACAUUAGAUUUUCGAAAGAUUUUGGUUAUAAUUCUAAAGCUGGAAGUCUCACAUGCUAAGAUAGCCUUCCAACAGAUUCAUAGAUUAGUAUUGUAAUGGUAAUUUUUGCUUUCGUAUUUACGCCCAUACGAUAACUUAGGUAAUUGUCAGUUUCCUCUAUUAAUCUUCAGUACCAGUAAUUUUUAUUGUUUAUUCAUAGUGUCUAUAUAUAUUAAUAAAUACUUUUUCGUUUCACGUCUGUGAAUCGUGCCUUA